AGGGGUUGGCAGGGGCAGUUUGAGAGUUCCUCAUUAUUUAGGAUAUAAAGGGGUCGAGGAGCUGGGAGGGAGAACCAGACAGCUGGACACGACUUCUCCUGUCAGCCCAUCAAUAUUCUGUGUCUAUUGAUUCCGGAUCUGUUUGACCAAGAUGAAGAGUCUUUUUCUCCUGGUGCUGCUCUGCAGUGCUGAGCUGAUCUCCUCUUUUGCUGUUCCUGCAAAUGUGGAAGUGCAUGCAGAUUCUGCAGCGCAUGCAAAUUGUGCAGCGGAUGCAGAUUCUGCAGCGCAUGCAAAUUGUGCAGUGCAUGCAGAUUCUGCAGUGCAUGCAGAUUGUGCAGCGCAUGCAGAUUGUGCAGCGGAUGCAGAUUGUGCUGCGCAUGCAGAUUCUGCAGAGCAUGCAGAUUGUGCAGCGCAUGCAGAUUCUGCAGAGCAUGCAGAUUGUACACCAAAUGCAGAUUGUGCAGCAGAUGUGGAAGUCAAGGACUGGGGUGCCUACUGCAACGCUACCUUCCCAGGGCUGUGUGAGACUCAGUCUUACUCUGAUGGAUGCCAUAGAUACACAUUCCACAGACAUGCCGUUAGCUUCUCUUGUGCUGAGAUCCACUGUCAGCAUAGUCACUGUGGCCACCUGGCUUCUGUUAACAAUCAUUGCAUUAACCAUGCCCUCACCUGCUUGAGUGUUCAGUGCAACCAUGCGCUUACAACGUGGAUAGGAGGCCAAAUGACAUGCAGGGGGUUUCAGUGGACUGACGGCUCCUGCUGGAGAUACCAGAACUGGUAUUACGGUUGUCCAAGAAGCUGUGGCGGUUCAUGUGUGGUACUUAACUGGGGAGCGACCGGAAAGUGGUGCAAUCGUCCGUGCUCUGAACGGCGCCCCUUUAUUUGUAAGGGGAGGCGCUAAGGCAUGAAGACUCUUCCAGGUUCCUCCACGCUACGCUUGGCAGUUGGAUAAAACGGAGCUCCCUCCUACGUCACACUUUAUUGGAACCACCGGUCCGUCACUCUAAAGUAUGGUCUAAAAACAACAAAUCUUGAUAAAAAAAGAGGAAGUAGCUUGAAAUAUCAUUGUGUGAACGCUUUCUGUUUUACAUUUGUGUGUGUAAGUGUGUGUGUGAUGUGUUUUUGGUAUUCCAUCCCAUACUACUUAAGAUUUUAGUUCUAUACCUAGUAACGACAGUACCGCACAGCCACCGACAGGGGGCAGUGAAACAAAGCGCUUAGCUAUGAAGAUGAAGAUUCGAGGUUAUUCAAGGUUUAAAAACACACACACACGAUAUUUUCAGAUCCUUUCUCUUUAUCGUUGCUCUAAGGCAUUCUUGUGAUCAAAUACAAUUGAGAAGAGGGGCUCCCAAGCAUAAAGACAAGGCUUCAAAUCACAUUGUAGAAAUGAAUCGAUAUUUUAAUUCACAUUAUUGAAUGAGCGCUGACCAUCUAUAAAACGCAUUCUCUCGCCUCUUAUUAGCUCCAUCACUGGACCCUCCCUUUAAAGGAGCGCUGACCAUCUUUAAAAUCCAUUCUCUCACCUCUUAUUAGCUUUAUUAUUAACAUCAUCACUGGUCUAUUUCAAGCCACUGGAGGCGAUUUGCAAAGAUCUGUCGAAUACAAUAUUAUACAUAAUAUCAAUGUUGUAUUUUUCUUAAAACCAUCAGUUACUGUGUGAAAAAAAUGUUGAACAUUCUUUACAUUGUGUAAAAUCCUGCAUGCGCUUUGCUUUUUAAUGCAAUAAUAAAACAGCGUUUGAUCAGCAUUGAAAAAUAAA